GUGCGUGCUCUGGCACUCUGGAUAUUAUAUCACGCAGCCGGCUCCUCACUUCCUCCACAGAGUACGUGCUAUCUGAGGCUUUUAAGACUCAUAAAACAUAUCCGGAUUAUUUCUCUACCGACUAUUCAAACUGCCCCACACGCCUUAAACAGUCAAGAUGUCUGAUUAUGAGGAAAAUGAGUCCAAGUUCAUCCGAAAAGCAAAGGAGAAUCCAUUUGUGCCAAUUGGGAUGGCUGGAUUCUUCGCCAUUGUUGGUUACAGACUGCUGAAAAUGAAAAGUCGGGGAGAUACAAAAAUGUCGGUUCACCUGAUCCACAUGCGUGUAGCUGCCCAAGGCUUUGUGGUUGGAGCUAUGACUAUUGGAGUCGUAUAUUCAAUGUACAGAGACUACUUUGCAAAACCCAAAGAAGAACAGAAAGCAGUGGGACACAAGUGAACAUGGACUCUUAAAUUAAUAUUUUAUGUACCUUAAUAUUACCUCAAAUUAAGGUGUGUAUAGUGUUUAUUUUUUAGAGAUGUGUCAUCAUUUUUGUAUGCACACGUCCCUUCAGCAGCUCACCUCCACUGUAAAUAGUUAUAACUUAUUGAUUACACUUCCUGUCUUCUAAAUGGUAUACCAGAGGGUAAAACUACUGUAUUACCUCUGUACUCAGAAGGUGUACUCAGCUGUUUUAACACUGGUUGCACACAGGGUUAUAUCUGUGUGGACCGGUGACAUUACAGAUAGAGGUUUUUUUUACCUCUUAUUUGAAUGGUGUGUGGGGGUGAAAUAUCAGAAACUAUAAAAUCUAGCAAAACAGUUGCAAAACUAGUGGUAUGACUAGGCUAAAAUAACACUCAAUGGAAGGUAGCUCGACCGUACUGUCAUUGUUUUACUAUAUCUGCUGUAUUCUGUUUUGUUCUAAUGUACAUUUGCCAAAUUGAAAAUGCUUGCACCUUAGCCCGCCUUUCAAAAAUGGGCACCCCAGUGCACUAGUGCUGGUUAUAGAAGGCCUUGAAAACAUGCGGUCUACAGACAAGGCCUGUGCAUUCACAUUAUUUUAACAACAAGGACACAGAUGUUUUUUUGGACUCAUUACAGUUUCAGAUUAUCCCACAAAACAAAUGGAAAUGGAACAAAAACCAUGAAACAAAACCAAAAAGGUCUCUUGUAAAAAUUAUACAAAUUUUUCUUUUUUGUCUUUCUCACACUUCAUCAUUAUGUUAUGAUACACAAGGGUCCAAUGUUUCAUUACAGCAGCUUAAUGAGACACAUGAGUACACCUACCGACUGUGCAGAAACCUAUAAAAUACCAUAAUGUAUCCGAUCUUGUGAUAUGCUUAAAUAGAUGCCUUUUGAAGUAAUUCAAAGUUUUUUUUCUUCCUGGAAAUAAAAAAUGGAGCGGUCUUAUAAUUAUGA